CUUUGCUGAAAUGCUGAGUGCCGACUCCCCCUCCCCUCUCUCUCUCUGUGUGCGCUCUUCAGCUUCAGAGGAGAGCUCAGUGCUGUGUCGCCCUUCCUCUCUCUCUCUCUAGUCUCUUCCUCUCCCUGUCUACACCGUGGGUAGACUGAGACACAGAUUACGAAGCGCUCCUUCUCUCUCAUCGCCAUCCUUCUUACUUACUGGCUCAAGCCCCGCGUUUCUUUCCCUGGACCGUCGUCUUGGUUGUCACUUGUCACCACGAUACCAGUGCAAGAAAAGAAAGAGAGAAGCGGCCAUUACUUGCGGGUUCGGAAGGAAGGAUGGGAGGAGAGAAGCCGGCGGCGGUGAGGGUUCUGGUGGUGGACGACUCCCCCGUCGACCGGAAGGUCGUCGAGCUGCUGCUCCGGAACCACAAGGGCGGCCCGGCGCCAUUCCAGGUUACCGCCGUUGACAGCGGCAAGAAGGCGAUGGAGCAUCUCGGACUCAAGGGACAAGGGAAGCUGGAUUCAUCUGCUGCUGAUGCUAACGAGCUAACCGUUGACAUGGUGCUCACUGACUACUGCAUGCCGGAGAUGACUGGCUAUGACCUUCUCAAGGCCAUCAAGGCAUUGAGCUCCCCAAAUCCGAUCCCGGUUGUCGUGAUGUCGUCGGAGAAUGAACCCCAGCGGAUCAACAGAUGCUUAACAGCAGGUGCUGAAGAUUUCAUCCUCAAGCCACUCAAGACCAAGGACGUGCAGCGCCUGCGCAACUGCUCCAACGCAAGAUCACCGAAGGAUGCCGACGCUCGGUGCGAGAGCUUGAGCAGCAGGCGGAAGCCACCCUCGGACCAGAUUGCCAAGAAGACAACAUCCGAGCAGAGAUCACAAUUUGCAGGAUUUGCCAUGGUGCUGAAUGCUUCCAGCAUCGAGCUGCCGCACUACUUCCAUUUCCUCUUCAAGUUCAUCCUGCUCGCGUACGCGGUGCUGUGCCUAAGCGAGCUCCUCCACAGAUGGUCCAAUGGUUCCUUUCUCUCCCUGUGGUCUGCAUGAGAUGAGAUCAAUCAAUAUGAGGGUAACAAGCCUUUUCUUUUCUUUUUCCAGCAACUCAAGCAUGAGGAGCUAGCUUUUGCUCUUCGCUAUAAAUUUCAACAGUCCAGCAGCAGCUCUCAUUCGGUAGAAUAUUGUUUGCUUGGAGAUCCUAACCGUGUUCCAUCGGGUAAAUUAGCGCUCGUUCUUGAGCAUUAUAUUGUUUGCUUUGCUGGGGGAAGAAAAGAACUGUGAUAAUGUGAUGAUAUCUUUCCUUCAUUUGAUAUUGUAUAAAUGCAUGAUUUGAGAGGUGUAGGAACGAGAUUAGCGACUAGAGAGG